GAAGAUGCAUUCGAAGAAAACGGAGAAUUGCAUGGAAAGAAAGUGUACCUUUUCGGUUGUACGGAACCACAAUUGGUUAAUUUCCAGGGCGAAUCAAAAGUCACGUAUGUACCUGUCGUGGUUGCAGUUGUAUCUCCUUUUCCACCUUCUGAUAAAAUCGGAAUAAACUCCGUACAAAGGGAAGCCGAAGAGAUACUGCCAAUGAAAAAGAUGAAGAUGGAUUGGGUUCCGUAUAUUCCUCUAGAAAAUCGGGGAUCACGAGUUGAAAAACUCAAAUCCCGAAUUUUUAUUCUGAGGUGUACUCAAAGAAUGGCAGGUCUAAAACAGUUGAAAUUGGAGCGAGUUAAGAAGUUUGAAUAUUGCUUACCGUAUUUCUAUCAGCCAUUCCGCAAACUUGAACUGAGCACCACUAUGCAUAUCCUAUUCCCAAUAGAACCGCCUUUGUUUUGCGAGUUUGAUUGGGAAUUUGAUAAUCCAAAGGAAAUAGCGGAUGAAUUUAUCGAGUCAGGGGAGUUGUCCCCAGAUAAAAGAGAUGAAUUUGUGGAAUUUGUAAAGGAGAAGGUACGUGAAGGAAAGAGGAACAAUCGAGAGGAAAAAGAAGCCAGGGAAAAAGCUAUACAGGAGAUGAGUGAAGAAGCGAAAGCUUCAUUUCAGAGUAUGAAGUUUUAUAAAUUUUAUCCUGUGACCUCACCUGAUGCUCCUGAUGUAUCUCAGGUCAAGUCUCCGUUCAUAAACAGAUACUAUGGAAAGGCUCACAAAGUUUUCUGAGGAUGUAGAAAGAUUCAUAGAGGCAAACGUAAUUUUUUAUUCAAUCCUAUAGAGCUAAAGUAUAGUGAAAAAAUUUGUCAACGAAUUCUUGUCAUCAUUAACAGUGUUUUUGUUUAUUUUAUUUUGCAUAAGAGCGUAAUCCUUUCUA